ACAGUUGUCCGCGAGCAGCCCUCGACUGCAGCACGAUGCCAAGCGACGGUCAGUACGCCGAACGUAUUAAUAUCCCGCGCCGAAAUCUCGGCCGCGUCCCGCCGCUUUAUAUACUCGUACCGUAAAAUGUCCCACGCCUUAAAUAUUCGCAACCGCGAUUUAAUUUUUAUCCGUUAUAAGUUUAUCUGGUGUUCCCUGGUUACACUAACACUAAAACCGUCGAUCCCGCUAAAUCUUAAAUGUGUCUAAUACAUAGGCACUACGAAAAUUGUACCACAUAUUAUUAAGAAGUGUUAUUAUAAAAUGAUACUCGUGCAUUACAGUGUAAUCGGAACCGAUUCAAAAUUGUAAAAAAUAUUCUGCACGCGGCGCGGGCGCAUGGGUCUGCCGGUGGUGGCGCGCGCUGCUGGCCGAGCUGGUGGCCACGGCGCUGCUGGUGCUGCUGGGCGUGGCCGCCAUCCUGCCGGCCGCCGAGGAAGCGCGCCCGCUCACGCACCCCGCGCUCGCGUUCGGCUUCAUCGUGCUGGCCAACGUGGAGAUCUUCGGGCCGGUGUCGGGCGCGCACAUGAACCCCGCGGUGACACUGGCGGCGCUGGCGGCGGGAAGACUGUCGGGCUGCGUGGCCGCCGCCUACGUGCUGGCGCAGCUGGCGGGUGCGCUCCUGGGCUUCGGUGCGCUGCUGGCGAUGGUGCCGUCGGCCGCGCACGUCGGCGCCACCCACCCCGCCGCCUCGGUGCCGGCGCCCGCCGCGGCCGCGCUGGAGGCGCUGCUCACCGGCCUGCUGGCGCUGCUGGCCUGCGCGCUGUGGCACGCGCACGACCCCGCGCGCCCUGACCGCACCGUCUCCCUCAAGUUCGGCUUCACCAUCGCCGGACUCAUAUACGCCGGGGGUCCGUUUACUGGCGCAAGUCUCAACCCUGCUCGCAGCUUCGCGCCGGCGCUCUACCAGGGCAUCACGUCGGACCACUGGGUGUACUGGGUGGGGCCGCUGGGCGGCGCGGCGCUGGGCGCGCUGCUGCACCGCCUGCUGCUGCGGCCGCGCGCGCCGCCGCGCGGCGAGGCGCUGCCGCUCAGCGACAAGCACGACCCCUGACCGCGCACGCACUCGCCUCACCGCACCUUCACUGCACCCUUGUGCCCACUGGACAACUUCUAACACUUACUUAUACACACUAAUACAAUGAACACUAUGUUACGCUCAAUUCUCAGUAACUUCUUUAGUCGACUGCGAGCGGCCGAGAUGAAUAAUUCUUUAUUUUUUGUAAACAACGUACGCGUGUUUUCGACAAUCUAACACGAAUUAAGACUACGAAAAGACUGUUAUCAUUUAUGUGCACACUUUAUCAACGUGAUCUAAAAUUUAUUUCAGAUGAGUGUGUAACUUUAUUACGUAUUUGCCUAAAAACAAAUAAAAACAGUGACUGUCGUAGAUGAAAAUACAACAGCGUGGCAUAUUUACUAUGCCGGCGCUCGAUCCACAGCUGUGACAGUUUUUGUACUCAAUUGCCGCUCUAGCAGUAUACACGUCUUGUCUUUUAUCACUUAACACUGCUAGCUCAACGUGCGCGUGCAUGGUGCUUAAUUUUACCACAGAAUAAAUAAUAGAUUGUACUUACUGUACCAACACUGGUUCUCUUUGGUCAUACACGUGAAUGCGACCCGUUUGCCCCUCACCCCUAUGUACCUAUAUGUACCAUUUCUACCAAAAAACUUUACAUAGGUAAUAAUGAUUUUUUACUAUUAUUUACCUUCGUGAAUACGUGGAAUACGUGGAAUGAAAAUAAUUUUACGUAUUUAAUCGCGUUUAAUUUUAGCGUUGUGUUGACAAUUAAAAAAUUAUAAAUUAAACGCGAUAAAAUCCGUAAAAUUAAUAUUAUUCCACAUAGCAGAGGUGAUGUUGUAUGUACAUUUUGUACCUAUAUAUUAUAUUUUAGUGUAAGCAAAACACUCAAUAUAGGAUUUAAUGUUAAGCAUUUUUUACAAAUUAAAUAGAAAAUUAAUUU